AUGUUUCGACGUCCCGAUGAGCAAAUUUGUUCUUAUACUCCUUUACGUACGAUAGGUCAUGGAACUUUUGGUAGAUGCGUCCUCGUACGCUCUAAGACUGACAUGUCACGGUCAAAUGUCAUAAAAGAAAUUAACCUUUCGAAACUUAAAAACGCAAAGAAUCGUAUAGAAGCGAGGUGUGAAGUUGAAUUGUUAAACCAAUUAAAUUGGCUUGGAAUUGUCAAAUUUGUCGAAAGUUGGGAAGAUCAUAAUGAAAGGAAACUUGUCCUCCCGCAAGAAUAUCGGGUCUUAAAUAUUGUAACCGAGUACAUGGAUGAUGGGGACCUUUAUGCGAUCAUUCAAAACCAACGGAGAAUUGGUAUUCUCUUUAAAGAAGAUCAAAUACUGGAUUGGUUCGUUCAAUUAUGCUUGGCCAUAAAGUAUAUUCAUGAUCAUCGAAUUUUACAUAGAGAUCGAUCGAUUGUUAAGCUCGGCGACUUUGGAAUUGCAAAAAAAUUAAAGCAUGGUUUAGAUUUUGCAAAUACGGCAAUUGGUUAG